GUAAGGUGAAGGUUGUUGCAGGGGUUCAUUAAAAGACAGAGUUCAACUCCUCGCCAUCGCAGAGCGCUGCUGGGAGGUUGAUUCGGCGGCGUGUGAAGUGGGGGAAAAAAAGAGGGAAUUUAAAAAGCAAACAAACAACUAAACAGGAAAGGGAGCAAAGCCGCAGCUGCUUGAAACAAUUCUAAGAGGAGCGGAGUAAGAGCGGCGGCGGAGACGGCGGGAAGCAGGAGCAAGAGCAAGAGCAAGCUGCGCGCUCCCGAGGCCCGGCGAGGAGGAAGGAUGAUAAACGUGGUGGCCGUGUGGCUGGUGGCCCUUUGCUUCCAGGCUGCUGUCCCGCAAACUACAAAUCUGAACCUUCCCCCUGAYGACCUUGAUUCAUCUGGUGAUGAAGAUGACACAUUCUCAGGUUCAGGUGCAGGUCCCCUGACUGACCAGUCUCGCACCUGGAGAACCCCAGGAGGACUGACUAAUUCCUCAGCACCAGCAACACCAGUGGAUUUCAGUGAACAGCCACUUCCUGGGAUUGAGAGCCGAACUGAAAAGGAAGCACCAUCUCCCUCUACAACCAGUAAUCUGGUGACAGAGGAGCCAGUUGUAGCUGUGAAGGACGAAGGCCCCAUCCUGGGCUCACCUGAUGGGAGACCAACAAGCCACACGGUCACAACAACAGCGAGAAGCCCCACUGCUCACUUCCCUUCUGUGGYUCAUGUAACUCCUUCAGAAGCCUCAGCUGUGGUGCACGAGCUUGAACCUGAAAUGCCCAGCUCUGCUGUGCCAGACACCAAGGAUGUGCCCGAGCCCCGCUCUACUGCCCAUCAUGAGGGUGACAUCGCUGCCACCCCCGCAGCGAUAGCUCCGGAGGAGGUCGUUCCUACACGUGAGGAGGUUUCUGAAGAUGGCUCUGGAGACCCGGGAGACUUCAUCUUGACUAAGGACGAGGAUUUGGYCCCCACGCAGAACUCAGAAGUACUGGCUGACUUUGAGAGGAAUGCCAAAGCAGCAGGAGCCUCGGGAAUUAUGGACAGGAAAGAAGUCCUUGGAGGUGUUAUUGCUGGAGGACUUGUAGGCUUGGUGUUUGCUGUGUUUCUAGUUGCAUUUAUGCUGUACAGAAUGAAGAAAAAAGAUGAAGGCAGCUAUUCACUGGAUGAACCAAAACAGUCUAACGGAGGAUACCAAAAACCACACAAACAAGAGGAAUUCUAUGCAUAAACACUGAUCUUCAGGACACUUCUUAUUCCAUCUUUCUUGGACUCUUCUCUCCCUGCACGUGGACCUCCUAGUGUGCUUUGCAUUAAACUUAAGCCAUAUGAUCAUUGGGUUAUUUGCCCUUACCACUUUGCCAUUGGAAAUUUUAUAACUACAAAAUAGAUCUGGAUUCAUUGAACAUUCCCUGCUUUCUUGCACAACUUUUUUUUUUUAUUAUUAUUAUUUUUUUUAACAGAAGUGGGACUGCAAGUUCCUAAACUCACUUUGGUUUAUCUAAAGACUGCUGGGACGGGCGGUGGGGAGAAGAUAAGGGAGCACUGUAUGUGUAAAACUCUUUGAUAUUUAGGGAAAGGGCUAGCAAGAAUAAACAAUUACCAGUGCUCAAAUUCUGUAUAGCAGGGAUCCUUCCUAUUUAACYCAUAGAUAUGUUUUGAGUGUAACAAGUGGCUGUUCUGGGCAGACAUUUGGKACACUGCAGUCCUCUAGCUCUUUCUGACAGCUGUAUUUGGAGCACUUAAUGCCUAUGAAACAUCAACCUGAACUUGAUUUCUAGYGAAAGGAGGUGUGAGGGGCAGGGCAAAAAAUGAUGUCAUGUGGUUUGAAAUAACUUAUAUUUUGGAAGCAUUAUCCCAUACUCAGAACCAGCUCCCGAGCAGUUGGUAAAUACAUUAGCACAAAACAAACCCCAAGAAUCCCAAAACUAAGUGGAGAGUUAAUCUUACCGAUAGAGUUGGACUAUCUAACUACUCUCUCUCUCUCUCUUGCAAGGCUUAGGUAAGAAGCAGAUUUUUCCAAGCAGUCUCAUCUCAGCCAUUCCCUUUCCCAGGCACUGAGUGGAGGCUGGGCUGUCCUGCUGUAGGUGACCUUAGCCCGUGCUCCUGUGUGAUGCAGGGUGACGGGGGCGCGUUGUAGCACCUCUGCUCACUGUGGCUGUGUGGAACAUGCUCUGCCCUCUGUGCCACAGGGUGCCUGGGCACACWGGGCUGGGAGGGGGCGAGCAGCAUGUCAGCAAUGCAGCUAAGGAGUAGAGAAGCAUCUGAAAAGARCCUGGGGAAGGCUGAGUGUAGGUGGCCUUAAACAGACACAGCAGUUGGUGUGCUUGACUCUCGCCACUCCAGAGCGGCUCCUCAGAAGCUCUUCCUGCACUUUGGAGAGAAGCCACUCCAGGGAUGUCACACCAGUAAGGGCCAAAAAGCAUCUCCUGAGCAAAGUGUGGGUGCCUGAAGCUGUGUGUGGUCAGUGUGCUGUCAGAUGUCAGGCACUGAUGCCUCCUUGGGGGUCUGGAGUUCUCCAGAGUAUCUCAGACCGAGGGAACACAAAUGUGGUGUUCUGUACAAGCCUUACUUCUGCUCUGCCUUUGGGUCGCUUCUUGCCACUUCAGUUCCUCGUCACUCAGUGCAGAAGGUAUGGGGUGGGUGGAGGAGUGUUUACAACUGAUGUAAAUAUUUGUGCUGUUGAGCCAGAGGGAAUGAUUGGAGUAUAUUGGAUUAUAUUGCAACAGUUGGUACAAAUGUUGCAUGUUAACAGUCAAACUUAAAAACCUGUGUAAUUUAAAUGAAGAAUAAAACACUCCUGAGCUGCCAUGCAGCUAAAAUUGGUGCCUUCUCUGCAAACACAAGGAAAAAAACCCAAAAUGUCUUGAUUCCAUACUCUUCUUCAUGCACAUGGAGAACUUGUGCAUAUGUGUAGCUAUCUGGUUUUUUUAAGUAAAACUGCAACGACCAUUAUGUUUUUUUUGUUAGGGAUGUUUUGUUUUCAGUUGUUUUUUUUGU